AUGGCCUCAAUCCAUGAUGAUGACGAACUUCUCCUGGCCCGUAUUGGGUAUAAGCAGGAACUGAAACGGGAAUUCUCAAAAUGGUCCACAGUUAGCUAUGCCAUCUCCAUCUUGGGAAUUUUGGGCUCAGUUCCCGCGACCUUUGGAGCUCCUCUGGCUGCAGGAGGACCAGCUACUGCGGUCUGGUGUUGGUUUCUGGGCUCAUGCAUGGCCAUGUGCAUAGGCAGCUCGGUAGCGGAGCUGGUCUCUGCGUAUCCUACCGCAGGAGGAAUGUACUUCGUCACGAAGCAUGUUGUUCCUGAUGACCAGGUGCCCAUAUUUUCCUGGGUGCAGGGCUGGUGCAAUCUCUUGGGUCAGACUGCGGGCGUUUCCAGUGUGGCUUACACGGUCAGCCAGAUGCUGCUUGCGUGCGCCAGUAUGAAUUCUGAGUACUCUUACUCACCGACUGCGAUGCAAACCGUUGCUCUAUCUAUUGUGGUUCUGUGCGUGCUGGGUGUAAUAUGCUCUCUGACUACCAAGACUCUGCAUCGGAUCGUCUUCUGGUUCGCCCCGAUCAAUAUCUCCGCAACGAUCUGUAUCUGCUUGAUGCUCUUAUACCUCACGCCGGACAAGCAGUCCGCUCGUUGGGUGUUUACUCACUUUACGGAUGGCUCUGGAUGGGGCUCGAAGCUCUUUUCCUUUCUGCUUGGUUUCAUAUCAGUAGCGUGGACAAUGACCGAUUACGACGGAACAACCCACAUGUCAGAGGAAACUCACGACGCAGCCUCGCUCGGGCCGCUAGCAAUCCAAUCUGCAGUCCUGGUAUCAGGCAUAAUGGGCUGGGUACUGACUAUCUCACUGUGCUUUUGCUUGACCGAUCUCGACAGCAUCCUUCGAACGCCCACAGGCCUUCCAGCGGCCCAAAUCUUCCUAAACGCCGGCGGAAAGACCGGUGGCACCAUCAUGUGGGGAUUUGCCAUCCUAGUCCAGUUCUUCACCGGCUGCUCGGCCAUGCUAGCAGAUACACGGAUGGCAUACGCCUUCGCCCGUGACGAGGCGCUACCGUUCUCCUCCUUCCUGUCCAAAAUCAAUAAAUACACCCUCACCCCCGUCAACGCCGUCUGGUUCGUCGUCCUCUUCAGCAUCAGCCUCAACUGCAUCGCCAUCGGAUCAACCCAAACAGCCACCGCGAUCUUCAGCAUCACCGCACCUGCGCUGGAUAUCUCCUAUGUCUCCGUCAUCCUUGCUCAUAGACUCUACAAGGACAAGGUCAAGUUUGUCGAGGGGCCGUUCACGCUCGGUAAGUGGGGCGCAUCCAUUAACUGGGUUUCGAUCGUCUGGGUCCUCUUCAUAAGCACGGUGCUCUUCUUCCCGCCUACUGUGCCGGUCACGGCGUCGAAUAUGAAUUAUGCGAUCUGUGUGGGCGCUUUUAUCGCCGCGUUUGCGCUCUUUUGGUGGGUGCUGUAUGCUCGUGGGAAAUAUACUGGUCCGCGGACGAACGAGUAUAUACAAGAGGUUCCGACAGAGGAUUUGGACGAGGAUUACGGAGCAGUUCGUUAG